UUUUUAAUUCUACAUAUGUUGUACCUAAAAUCAGUUGCACUUAAUUCACCAAACAACAACGACUUUAAUCAAAAUUUAUCUGAAUCAAGUACACGUUUACAACAAAAAUCACCAUCAACUAACAACAUUUCAAAAAUCCCUUUAUUUAUUGGGCGUUCUUCAAAUUUUGGAAUUUAUUCAAAAAAUAAGACAAAAAAAUUAUUAAAUAGUAAAAACAAAGAAAAACAAUUGUUCAAGGCUAAUAACGAACAACAAAUCGUUCCUUUUGUUUAUUCUUCCUGUGCAAGUUCGAGAGAAACACUUUCAUCUUGUGGAAAAUUUUCUGAAGAGGAUUCAGAAGAGGACCACGAAAAUGACAAAAUUAACAACAAAAACUCACUAAACUUAAAUAUUUCAACAACUAGUCUACCUUCAUCAUCUUGGCACACAAUAGGCAUUGCCCACUCCCUUCUAACCAAAAUUCAAAAUAAAAAUAAAAAAUCAACAAAAUUUAGAACAUUUCCACUUUUACAACGUCCAAUAUUUAAUAAUAAUAAAGAAGAAAAUUGGAAAAGUUUUUCUGGAACUUCGGAAAAAAUUUUAAAUUCUUCUCUAUCUCCAUUCUCCAAAAGUUUUUGUUGUAGUAGUGAUAAUUCUAAAUUGUUCUCAAACUCUUUACAACACUCUUUUAAUUCAAAAAAUUCUUCAAGUUGUUUAUGGGAGAACAAUGAAAGACCCAAUUUUUAGUAAGUUUGUUAACAAUGUUCUUGACUAUGAAAAUGAAAUUUUUGCUGUUAUUUACGAGGGAUGGGACCUGCCUUACUUUAAAAAGCGGAAGAAAAGGCGAAGGGAAACGGAAGAAAAAAAAUGGAAGCACUAGUGCCAAAAAAGGCGGAAAUCGGCGAAGGACGGAAGCGGAAGAAAUCCCGUCCUUGUGUCUU